AUGACAGCCGAAAAUAAGCAAGAAGAAUAUAUCAAACUUCGCGUUGUCGGACAAGAUAAUAGUGAAGUUCAUUUUAAAGUUAAAAUGACCACUAGCAUGGGUAAAUUGAAAAAAUCAUAUGCAGAACGACAAGGCGUCGGUGUAGCGACAUUAAGAUUUCUUUUCGAUGGAAAACGUAUCAACGACGAUGAAACUCCCAAACAGCUUGAAAUGGAAGAUAACGAUACAAUCGAAGUUUAUCAAGAACAAGUUGGUGGUUCAUCUACGUGA